GGGUGCUGCGCUGCGGGCGGGCGUGGGGCGGUGGAGCGUUUCCGGAGGAGGGCAGCGGAGCCGCGAGGAGGCUGGAGGGGAAGUGCCCUGGGGAGCGGCUGGGGGGACUGGGAUGGCUCCGUCUGGAGAAGAGGAGGCUCAGGGGAGGAGAUUGCGGUGAGAUGGGUUCGGCCUCUGCUCCAGGUAACAGCAAUAGGACGAGGGGUGGUAGGGUCAGGUUGGGUAUUAGGAAAAACUUCUCCGGAGGGUGGUCAGACGCUGGCACAGGGAGUGGUGGGGUCACCAUCUCUGGAGGUGUUCCAGAACCGUGGAGGUGUGGCACUGAGGGACGUGGUUCAGUGGGCACGGUGAGGGUGGGCUAGUGACCUGGCUGAAAGGAUAGAGUGCAGCCUCGGCAAGCUUGCUGACAGUACCAAAGCUGGGAGGAGUGGCUGGCACACCAGAGGGCAGUGCUGCCAUUCUGUGAGAGCUGGCCAGGCUUCAGAGUGGGGCAGAGAGGAACCUGAUGCUCUUCAACGGGAGCAAGCAUGGGAUCCUCCGACACCCAGUGGAGGAGCGACGGAAGCUGGUGUACCUGCAGGUGUGGCUGCGUCGGUGCAUGCAGAUAGAACUGCUGUCGUCCGAGUGGUGUUCUGAGCUGGAAAAGAGGACUGAGGUAUACAGCAGCAAGAGAAGCAGUAUGAUGGGUUCAGGAGGCUUUUCCCCAGGAAAUUCAGAGGAAGAUCCAAGCAGUGACCUUACGGCUACCUCUAGCAAACAUUACCUGUGUGGCUACUGUGCAGCGUUCACAAACAUAGCAGUUACUUUUCCCAUCCAGAAGGUCCUCUUUCGACAGCAGCUGUAUGGUCUGAAAACAAAGGAUGCGAUACAUCAGCUGCAGAAAGAUGGAAUUCGGAAUCUCUACCGUGGCAUCCUUCCGCCGUUAAUGCAGAAGACGACCACGCUGGCUCUCAUGUUCGGCUUGUAUGAAGAUUUCUCCUCCUUGCUCCACAGCCACACCACUGCUCCCGAGCUCCUGACGCGCAGCAUGGCAGCAGUGCUCGCAGGGACCACAGAAGCUGUUCUUACACCCUUUGAGCGAGUGCAGACUUUGCUUCAGGACUACAAACACCACGAUAAGUUCACAAACACGUACCAGGCUUUCAAGGUACUGAAAGUCUACGGGAUGAGAGAGUACUAUCGGGGAUUGGUGCCUAUUCUGCUCCGAAAUGGGCCCAGUAAUGUACUCUUCUUUGGCCUGAGAGGACCUAUUAAACAAUGUCUGCCUGAAGCAACUUCUUACAGCACUCAUUUGGUCAAUGACUUCAUUUGUGGAGGGCUGUUGGGUGCCAUGCUGGGAUUCUUGUUUUUCCCAAUGAAUGUUGUAAAAGCUCGCAUGCAAGCUCAGAUUGGUGGUGAAUUUCAGUCCUUCUCAACAGUUUUUGUGAAGAUCUGGCUGGAGCGUGACAGGAAAUUGAUCAAUCUUUUCAGGGGAGCCCAUCUGAAUUACCAUCGUUCAGUCCUGUCCUGGGGCAUAAUCAAUGCCACUUAUGAGUUCUUGCUAAAGCUGUUAUGAAAAACACUUAUUUUCUUUGUCCCUUCUAUUCAUUUGGUUUUUGCCAUGUUUGAUGAUGCUUAAUCCCUGGGAGCAGUGCCUGCAUAGCGUGAAAGGUAUUUAGUCUUGGCCUUCACUGCAUGUGGGGGAAUGGUGAUACAUUCUAAACCUUGGUGCAAUUAUGACUAGCUUCUUAAAUUAUUUAUUUGCUGGCAGGUGAAUUUACCCGUAAUGAAACUAGUAGACAAAGAGAUACAAACGAAACCAAAAAAAACCCCGAACUUGUGCAUCAGCCCAGUGGCUUAUUCAGUAUCACUCCCAAAAGUUCCUAACACUCCGUGACUGAGUGCGCUCCACUGUGUACGUUGUAGAACGUGAAAGUCAGGGAGAGGCUGAUGGAAAUUCAUUCCCGUGUUUGAUCAACUUCAGAACGCUGACGUGAGAUCACAUUCUCAGAUGUUCUAGGCUCCAGAGUGCUCAUCGUUGCUUGAAGCCGAAUGGACAAAUCCAGAGGAGGACUGAGCUCCUGAAUUCCGUGCUUGAACGAAUCCUCUGCCAGCUCUCCUCUCGGCCCCUUGGAUGCUCGGCUUCGAGCAGAACGUUCCAUUCAGCAGCAUAAAAGCAGUUACUGAAUGUUGCCUUCAGUGGUACCUGACUCAGAGUGGGAUUUCUGUGUGCACGCACGUGGUUUAACGUGAAAAGGGAAAAGUGGAAGGAGAGAAACAGCAAAUAUACGAAAGCUUUAAAGUGUCCUUCCUUGUUAAAAUCCUUCUACUUGUAAAUGCGGAGCUUGUUCUUUUUUUUUUUUUUUUUUUUUAUUACUUCUUUUUCUAUUGUUCUACAGUUGUGAGGCCAGAAAAAAAAGACGUCUCUUUUUGUAAGGCUUAUUAUAAAAUAGUUCACUUUCCUGUAUUUUCCUGCCGUGAAAGCAGUUCUUGGACAGCUCUUUUCUACAGAGGUAUCUUGUCUUUUGCAGAGUGCUUGUGUCUCGUAGGAGCUGUGACAUAAUUGAUGACGAGAUUUUUUUACAGGAAAGCUGGAGUUCUGUCUCCUUGAUGUGCUGAACAGUUCUGUAAGACAGAAUGGUACUGCAGCACUAUCGGGAUUGAGUGUCUGGGUGAUACCCUCUGUGCUGAAGUCUGAUGGUAGUACCAGAAAGCAGACAGACAGACAGAUGACCUUUGGAAGGAUGCAGCACUUGGAGAAGCGUUGGACUUCUGUGGGCAAGUACAGAUGAAGAUGUAUGGAAAUGUGUGGUGUUCCGUGUCCUACAGACGUGAGCGUUGCAAGCUGUGAGGCUGUAGGCCUGGGAGAAAGGAACAGGACGGGGAUAGGCGUCGUGAAACCAGGAGAGGGUCUGAAUGAAAAACACCUGGUUGUCCUGGGAACUUUUAUGUCAUUGUGUUCUAUUUAAAAAAUAGACAAAAAAAAAACCACAAACAAAACAAAACAACCUCGCCAACUAUUCUGAAAGAUGGGGAUAAACUUUUACCAAGUUGCUCUUUUCAUAAGCUUUGUAGUGGUGGUGAUUUCUGUUUGCUACACUGUCACAAAAUACUUGCUCUAAUCACUGUGUCAUGAUGAUGAUCCGAAUGCGGUCCCUAGCUUCACCGUCUGAAAGGGCCCAGCACAAAUGAGCAUUGCUAUAUCUGAAUGUUGUGGUUACCUGCAUUGAAAUAAAAUGUUUAUUGAAUGUUUGUUA